CAAGAGAGCUAGGCUUUUCUUGUCCUUUUCGCUCUCAAAACCCUAAUCGCCAGCCGCUCUCCGUCUUCGUGAUCCAGAGAGUUUUAGGGAAGAGCGCGUUCUCUCGAUCAAGAUGGGGAAAACUCGUGGAAUGGGAGCUGGGCGCAAGCUCAAAACUCACAGGAGAAAUCAGAGAUGGGCCGAUAAGGCCUACAAGAAGAGCCAUCUCGGUAACGAGUGGAAGAAGCCUUUUGCUGGUUCCUCCCAUGCCAAGGGCAUUGUCCUAGAGAAGAUAGGCAUUGAAGCCAAGCAGCCUAACUCUGCUAUCCGAAAGUGUGCCAGAGUUCAGCUUAUUAAGAAUGGAAAGAAAAUUGCAGCUUUUGUCCCCAAUGACGGUUGCUUGAACUACAUUGAAGAAAACGACGAGGUGUUGAUUGCCGGAUUUGGUAGAAAGGGUCACGCCGUGGGAGAUAUUCCUGGAGUCAGGUUCAAGGUUGUUAAGGUCUCUGGAGUUUCUCUGCUGGCUCUCUUCAAGGAAAAGAAAGAGAAGCCUCGCUCUUAAGCUUUUACUUUCAGGACAUGUAUUGUUCUGUGGCCAAUUUAGUUUUCUUAUUAUUGAGUCUCUGUUACUGUUUUGGCAGAUUUAGCUAAUAUCUGGUUAUUGGUGGGAACCUAAUCUGUUUUUGUUAUGGUAAAAGAAUCUGGUUUGAAUUGUGUGAUCUGAUGGAA